GAUCAAGCGGGAUAAACUCACCGCGACCGACAGGGAAACUGGCUAUCAGCAGUACCAGCGAACACGCGCACCAAAGAACGCUCCUUCCUUACUCUGACCAUCAUGUUCACUCCGCUUGAUGCAGAGAAUAAACUCCAAAGAUUGCGAGCCCAGCGCGGCAAAAGCAAGAACGGGCAAUGAUAGAAAUACCACGAGUAAUGCGCCAACACGAGAUCCUUCCUAUUACAUGACGUGCUCCCUGGCUGUGAAAAGUACAAAGGAAAGGAAAAGAAAUGACAACAACAACAAAAGAAAAGCCAGGGACGAUACAAGACUUUGUGAGGGCGGCCGAAGAGAAACUAACGCUGAAUGAUGCGUGGCUUUGCAGCCAGCACUAUUCCGUCUGUUAGUUUCUCAACUACCCAAAAAGACAA